AUGGACGUGGAUUUCAUAAGAUCACAGUUUCAAGACGGACACUACGGUGUGAUUACCAAAAAUGGAUUCAGUAUUGGAGUCCGUCACCUUCAAAUGCUGUAUAUGUUUGCUAACUCAAUCGCUAUUGGAAUAAUACGUGGCAGUAUGGGCAUCGCAGUACUGGCGAUAAAUGACCAGACAAGGAAAGAUGAUACGUAUAUAAAGAUAUACAAUUGGGAUGGUAAAAUCCAGGGUGCCAUUCUAUCUUCUUUCUUCAUUGGAUACGCGCUGAUGCUGGUACCUUCGGAGAAAAUUCUGAGGAACAUUAGUGCAAAGUUUCUGACUACUGCAAUAUUGUUCAUAAAUGGCGCCCUGUGUGUCGCUAUGCCAACUAUUGUCAAUAGGGGCGGCUGGAUAGCGGUAUGUAAUGCAAAACUGUUAAUGGGUAUGUCCCAUGCAUGUUUUCACACAGUGAACCACGUGCAGCUCGAAACCUGGCUGCCACCCAACGAGAAAACAAUUUUUAGUACCUUAAUUUAUUCAGGUGUCCAACUAGGAAUUAUCACAGCUUUGCCUCUAGCCGGGCUUAUAUCAGCAGCUGCAUUGGGCUGGGAACUAGUGUAUUAUGCCUUAUCUAUGAUGGGAUUAUCCAUGGCAGUUAUAUCGGGAACAUUAACUGCAAGUUCACCAGAGGAUCACCCAGCAGUUGGAGAUACUGAGAAAGAAUUUAUUCGCAAGAAUUUGGAAUGUUACCGCAAGAAAGAUCUUCCAAUUCCAUGGCAUGCGAUUUUGACAUCAUCAAAGUUAUGGGCACUAAUUUUCGCACACGCAGCCAGUAGCACUCUUUUCAUUUUUUACGUAGCUUAUUUACCGGCGUACAUAAUGACUUUUGGAUUAAGUUUGAAAGAAAGUUCUUGGUAUUGUAUGUGGCCUUUCUUGACAAUGUCAAUAACUUACAUUAUUCUAAGACCGACUACGGAGUGGAUCUUCGGACUAAAGUACUUGAACUAUAUCUGCAGUACACAAUUGUUUAGAAAAACCAUCAACACUAUUGGUGCUUUUGGUAUCGUAAUGGGAUUAACAACUGUACAAAAUUUUCCAAGCCAAUGGAACUGGGCGACGAUUAUUGUUUUGGCAGCAAUAUUGGGCUUACUGGGAAUGCAAUUCUGUGGAUUUCUGAUUUCAUUUCAAGAUUUAUCAGAAAAUUUCUCCGGAACCUUAAUUAUGUUGUCUUGUACAUUUAGCAGUGUCUUUAGUGGUUGUAUGCCUUACAUUUUUGGACUUAUAUUGGGAGAUAAUAUGAAUAGUACAGAAAGGUGGCGAAUUAUCCUAUUGAUAUUGGCAAGCUUAUAUAUCGUCUUCAAUAUCAUAUACACAGUAUUCGGAAGCCAUGACAGACAAUACUGGGACCAUGUCAGUAAUAAGAGGCACAUUGGCCACCUGAAUAUGCUUAUGGAUACUGCUGAAGAACAAUUGGAUAAGAACGGUCAAGCAGCUUACGUGUCACAUAAAAACGAAAUGGACACAUCAGUGUAA